AUGGUGAUGUCUUAUCCUGAUUAUCGAAAGCGCCUUGCUACUCUUGAAGAAAAGAUGUUCGAUGCUAACUCUGCUAUAAAUAUAGACGGGUUAUUGGAUGGUAUCACAGCAUUAGUAUAUGAUUUGGACUUUCCUGCAUUUAAAAAGAUAAAAAAUGUUACAAAUUUUAUGGAGCGAUAUAGGGAAUUUGUUGAUCUUAUUAAAAUCUCACGAAUGAAUGCAUCUGACUUUGAAGUUCUUAAGGUUAUAGGGAAAGGUGCAUUUGGUGAAGUCCAACUGGUCCGACAUACAAAUACAAAAGCAAUUUUUGCAAUGAAGUUGUUAAGCAAAUAUGAAAUGAUUGAAAGAUCAGAUACAGCAUAUUACUGGGAGGAAAGGGAGAUCAUGGCUAAUGCAAACAGUGAAUGGAUAGUACAGCUCCAUUUUGCCUUCCAAGACAACAAAUAUUUGUACAUGGUCAUGGACUACAUGCCAGGCGGGGACCUGGUCAAUCUGAUGAGCAAUUAUGAUGUGCCAGAGAAAUGGGCCAAAUUUUACUGUGCUGAAGUAGUGUUAGCUCUUGAUGCUAUUCAUUGUAUGGGGUUUGUACAUAGGGAUGUCAAGCCAGACAAUAUGUUGUUAGAUGCCAAUGGCCAUAUAAAGCUCACUGAUUUUGGAGCUUCUACGAGGACAGAUAAGGAUGGUCUUGUGCAUUCAGAUGCAGCUGUUGGCACACCAGAUUACAUCUCACCAGAAGUUUUGAAGUCCCAGAGCGGAGAGGGCUGUUAUGGUAGAGAGUGUGAUUGGUGGUCUGUGGGUGUCUUCCUUUAUGAAAUGCUCGUUGGCGAUACACCUUUUUACGCAGAUUCUCUUGUGGGAACUUAUGGUAAAAUUAUGGAUCACAAACGGUCUCUUAACUUCCCCACUGAUGUUGAAAUAUCUGAAAAUGCAAAAAGUCUUAUAUGUGCCUUUCUGACUGACAGAACUGAAAGAUUGGGCAGAAAUGGCGUAGAUGAAAUAAAACGGCAUCCAUUUUUCAAAAAUGAUACAUGGACAUGGGAAAACAUACGACAAACUGUUCCGCCUGUGGUCCCAGAACUAUCUAGUGACGUUGACACCAGUAAUUUUGAUGAUAUAGAAAAGGAUGAAACACCCGAAGAAACAUUUCAACCUCCUAAAGCUUUUGCUGGGAAUCAUUUGCCUUUUAUUGGUUUUACAUACAGUAAAGGAUGGAAACAAGCAUUAGAAAAUAUGGAUCAUCUUUCUAAUAAAGAAUUUUAUAUGAAACUGGAAUGUCGAGAACAGGCUAGAAAUUCAGACCUUGUUAAACGUGAAUUGGAAGAGGUUCAAAGGAAGCCUGAAUUAGAAUCUGAUAGCAGACAGAAAAUUGAAUGUGUGUUGAAAGAAAAAGAAAAUCAAUUACAAGCUGAAAUAACUGCUCGGCUACAAAUGUCUAACAAUUCCGCUUACUCAUCUGAGAGAGUGUCUAGCUUAGAAAAAUCUAUUUCAGAUUUCAUAGAAAAACUAGAGCAAGAAAGUGAAACAUUAAAUAAACAGAAAAAAUUAUACUCAGAUCUCCAGCAGAAGUAUUCCAUGCUAGAGCAAAACUUUAAUGAUUUAAACAGCAAGUACCAUGAGGUCCAAGUAAUCAGACAGUCUUUGCAGAACGACCUCUUCACACUGCAGACAACUCUGGACAAUGAGAGAAGCAAUAAAGUUCAAGAAUAUCAGCGAUCACAGGAACUGAUUCAUAAAAUCCAGUGUUUACAAGAAGAAAAAAUAAAGGUCGAAGAGAGAGAAAGAUCCAGUACCCUGAGCCUCCAGCAAAUGCAACAACAAAUUUUCUCUAUUGAAAAGAAAACAACAACAUUAGAGUUUGAUAAAGAGGAUUUUAAGAGGAAAUGGGAGGGAGAAAUAAAGGCGCACAAAAAGAAAGGAUACAAAUAUAGAGCAGAGAAACGUUCUGAUAGGAGUACUUCAGGUCAUGCCUAUUUACAAGCAAAAAAAGGUAGUCAAGAUAAAUUAGACUACGAAAAAACACAGAGGGCAAUUCCAAAGAGUAAAUCAUUCGACAUUGAGAAAACAAACAAUGAACUUACUGUAACUUAUACACAGCUUAGACAAGAAUUUCAAUCGAUCAAAGAAGAACUAAGGAGUGAAUCCGAUAAGAGCAAUAAAUUAGAACUUCAAGUUGAACAGGAAAUCCAAAUGAAAAAGAAAAUGCUAAGUGAUUAUAAAAAUCAAGGUCAUGAGUUGCAAAAAGCCAAGACAAAAGAAAAACAACUUACAAAGGAAAUUCAAGAUUUAAAAGAAGAGAAAAAGAACUUAGACGAUGAAAUUAAAAAGUUGAAAGAUGGUCUGCAAGUACAUGACUUGAAGACAACAGAACUAAAGAAUCAACUUGAGGAAGAGUUAAAUUCUUUAUCUUUGUACAAGACUCAAGUGAAAGAUUUAAAAGAUGAAGUUAGUGAAAAGAAUAAGCAGAUACAAGAUCUUACAUCAGAUGUUCAAAGCAUGUUGCAAGAAAAGGACUCUAUAGGUGCUCAACUUCAGUUGGCCCUAGCUAAAGCUGACAGUGAAACACUGACCAGGCAAAUCGCUGAGGAGCAGUUGUCAGACGUUGAGAAGUUGAAAGCCAUGUUCGAACUUGAAAUUAAAAAUGUUAUGAGUCGCAUCAAAGUUGAUGUGACAAAUGAGCGUGAAAAGUAUUCUAAAAUGGUUGAGAAAAUGCAAAAGGAUAUUUUCGAAGCUCAGCAGUCUGUGUAUCAAGAAAGCCAGGCCAAGCAAAGACUUCAGGUGGAAAUGAAUGCUAAGGACUCAGAACUAGAGCAGCUAAGGCAGAAAUUAGCAUUUUCCAACUCAACUGACGGUAUUGGCAAUCCAGAUGACAGCAUAAACGUUUUAGAGUAUGAAGGAGCAACACCGCUUGUUCAUUUGCCUGUGUCGUCAGAUUAUCAUAUAGAAGGUUGGCUGGAAGUACCUGCUCGAAACAUGCAAAAGAAGCAUGGCUCCAAGAACAAGAAACAGGAAAAUAAAAGCAAGAAACAGGAAAAUAAGAAACAGUAUAUUGUUGUUAACAACCGAAAUAUUUUCUUCUUUGAACCAGUAAUGGUAUUAGACAUAGACAAACUCUUUCAUGUCCGACCAGUGACAAAAGCUGAUGUAUUCAGAGAAGAUGACAAAGAUAUCCCUAAAAUCUUUCAGAUUUUAUAUGCAAGUGAAGUGGUAAACAACAAACCGGGUGAGGUUUAUCCAGAAAAUGGAACUGCAUCGAUAGAUCGUUCGAGUGCGAAGAUUCUUAAAGACCAUGAUUUAGUUCCAAUAAACUUUCAUAAAUCAAUUAAAUCAAUGUCUUGUGACGCAUGCAAGAAGAAGAAGUGGCUUAAAAGCUUAGAGUGUAAACGCUGUCAUAUAAAAGUACAUCAAGAAUGUUAUUUCAAGAAUAAAGACACUCUUGACGAAUGUAAAGUAAUUUAUGAUUCAAGUAUUCAAGCAAAGGAAAUGUUACUGCUGGCAGAGUCAGCUGAAGCACAGAAAAACUGGGUUCAACAUCUAAGUAAAAAAGUAUCUAAAAAAGGGAUAGUCAGUACAGGAAACCUCAGUUCUGGUAUCGUCAUCGGCCCAGAGCAAUAUUUUUCUAAUGGAGAUCAGCAGAGGGGCCACCAACAGGAUGGCUACCCAAAAAGGAUACAGAAUCAAGAGGGACCGAUGAAAGUUUUGCCACUAAGCGAACUGGUAAAACUUAAGCUCCUGGUCCAUCAGAGUCUGAACAAAAACCAACCACUUCUACAAGCUGUGUUUGUCUUGUCAGUUGACGGUAAGGCUAAAGUCCCCAUCGGUCUGGCUGCAGCCAACAAACAAGCACCACUGCAGAUGUGGUUGGAAUACAAAGUCAGACUUCCAGACCAUGACUUUGUUAUAGCUGCUAAACUAUGCUAA